AUGGAAAUCUUUCCCCGAGGCAACGACGCCCUAAAUGUCAAUCCACCAGUCGGCGUCACAGAAGCCCUAUCCCAACAUGGAUCAGACUGGCUCUGGGCCGUUACAGCAAUCUACAUAGUCGCUUUCUUCUUCACAUUAAUCCCCUGUUUCACCACCCCCGAAAGUGACCGAGUCUUCCACUACCUCCUCACCAUGACCCUCCUCGUAGGCUCCGUAACCUACUUCGCUCAAGCCUCUGAUCUCGGCUGGAUCUCUCUCGAAGACAGCAACACAACCCGGCAAAUCUUCUAUGCUCGAUACAUCAACUGGGCCGUCCUCUUCCCAUCCUGGGCUUUGGCUUUGGGACUUUUAUCUGGCGUAUCAUGGACGACCAUCAUCCUCAACAUCUUCUGUGCCUGGUACUGGGUUCUAACAUACCUAGUCUGUGCCCUCGUAAGCACAGACUAUAAAUGGGGAUUCUUCACCUUUGGGACUUUUGCAUACAUAAUCCUAGCAAUGAGCACACUCAACGAAAGUCGCGAAGCUGCCGAGCGUCUGGGAAUUGUGCGGGAUUACAUGACUCUCUCAGUUAUUGUGAAUGUACUGUGGAUCUGCUACCCAAUUGCAUUUGGACUGAGUGACGGCGGGAAUGUGAUUCGUGUUACUGGUGGAUUUGUCUUCUUUGGGGUUUUGGAUGUCCUCUUGGGACCUGUAGCGUGUUCGUUGUUUGUGGUCAUGACUAGGAAGUGGGAUUAUAAGAAGUUGAAUUUGGCGAUUAGUGAGGCGAGAUAUCCUUUGCCUGAGACAGCGAAGGAGCCUGCGUUGAUUGAGGGUGCGCGUACUGAGGCUUGA